GCAAAUGUGAAAAACAAUAGCGCUCACGUCCCUGUGUAGUUCACUCCAUGCACACGCUAAAGCGCAAAUUUAGGAUACGGCCAUCCUGGUGACGUCACUCGGUGUCGCCGGAAGAAGCUUUCCGAAGUGCUGGCCGAGCUCUCAGCUUCAUUACCUUACAGUCCUGCAUAAGCCGAGUACAGGAUGGUGAAUACAGGGACGUCGCUGGUGUUGUCCAGUCUGCUGUCUGUGCUGGUCUUCGCUGGUAUGCAGAUGUUCAGCAAGCAGCUGGCCUCCUCCGAGUGGCUUACCAUCUUGGGAGGUUUUCUGGGCUCCAUGCUCUUCAUCUGCUCGCUUACUGCCUUCAACAAUCUGGAGAAUCUUGUCUUCGGUAAAGGUUUCCAGGCGAAGAUCUUUCCAGAGAUUUUUCUGUGCCUGUGUCUGUCCCUUUUUGCGUCUGGUCUGGUUCAUCGCGUGUGCGUCACCACAUGCUUGAUAUUCUCGCUCUUUGCGCUGUACUACAUCAACAAAGUGUCGACGGCUCUGUACCAGGUGGCUGCUCCCGUAGCAACUCCCGCAAAAUCUACCGGCAAGGGCAAAAGGAAGAAUUGAAUGACCGAAUCUGCGUCAUCGUCCCAACAGCAGCAACACCGAGUACUUCUCAUAUUGCAGUAAUGUUUUGUGAAAAUUUGGCCCAUUCUAGAACCAUUCCAUUCCAUUCCAGCAAACUGUAGACACAAUCCCCAAUCAGGAGUCCAACAGAGUUAAAUACACAAGUUGUUCAUGUACAUAUUUGUCUUUUUACACAAAUACACAAAUAUUGCGUUACAUUUUUUUCACACACUGCAGUUAACUGCACUGAUUCCUGAUCAAAUCUCUCAUGUUUUGUGUCCAGUCGUAGCUGUGUAAAUCAGUAUAUAAGUAUUUUUCUUAAAGGAUUUGCUAUUAAAAACACUUAAAAUCCUUAAA